AUGUUGGCUGCGCCUCAUGCCAAGAAGCGUUGUAUUGAGACACAGCGGUCAGGUUCCCGAGCAACUCUACCGCCCGUGAGUGUCCUGCUUGAGUUGCUGACGCCAUUGCGAAUGCGUCUGGCUCGGGCUGACUGGCAGGCACCUCCGGAAUGUUUUAGUCCUUCGACCAUGACGAUAUCAUCAUAACUUGCAAGCGCUACUUUCUCUUCAAGACUGGGACGAUCGCAAUUGCCAGUAUCUGGUUGCAAGGCCUGCGUCUGGGAGGGGUCUUGAGGUCCUUAGGGAGAUGAGUUCGGCCGACCGAAACCAAGCAAAGGUAAGCCUGGCGACCUCGGAUUGGCAAGAAUGGAGGUUGCUGACCUCAUCCUUGUCCUCGGCUCGCAAGAGGCCCAGCUCCAUCGCGUUAUUCGAUCUAAAAGGUCCUCGAUCCUCCAUGCGACCCUCACCGCCGUGGCCCCGUACGCCAAGGCAUGGCUGCGCUCCGAAGCAGGGAAGACGUUCCUCAAGCAGACGUAG